CACUUCCCUCACCAGACAUCAGCCAGCAACACAGGCGAACACAGCUCAGCCACAGACUCUCAUCCUGCAGCUGCACCGCAUCCACACAGCACAGAGGGACCACACCAGCAGCCGGAGCGCAUACACUGGCCCCUUCUUUACAUCCACAAGCCAAGAAUUAAAGCCCCUGAAAAGGACCCAACGGGAGAGAGCCCGACCACAGCGACUCCAACCAAAAGAGGAUCUAAGGCUGUCUUGUGCGUAAAAGUCGCCGAGGAAGAUUUUUGUCUACUUUUUACUCCCAGACCCUUCUUCUUCGUCGUGCCACAAUGUCCGAGGUGCUGCCAUACAACGAGGGGAAAAUGAGCGGCUACGGAGCAGACAGCGAGGUCAGCCAGAUGUCCUUUAGCUGCGGACUGCAGGACACAAACGCCUUUUUCGCUGCGUCGCAGGCGAAAAGACCCCCAAAGCUUGGACAGAUCGGAAGAGCCAAGCGAGUGGUCAUCGAGGACGACCGAAUAGACGAGGUCCUGAAGGGGAUGACAGACAAGUCUUCACCUGGCGUUUAAACAUGAACGAUGCCUUGCAGACUUUUUAAUUUUGAUCACCGAUUUGAAGCACUUGUCGGCUGUGCAUGUUCGAGGACUGCAGGAGAAAACGACGGCACGAAGCAAGGACGGGAUGAGAAAAGAAAAUGAAAAAGGCAUAGAGGGGGAAACACGGAGAGGGAUUAAGGAAGAGUAAGAAAGAAAGGGAUGAAGGAAGAAAGAAAGAGAGAGUGAAAGAGAAAGAGAGAGAGAGACUCUGGAAAAGACUAAGAUUUAUCAUGGGAUUGCUGGCAAUUCUCCAAACGAAUCCCGAAUUGAUGAUUUGAAGAUGUUGAGAUGGCGGACGCGCUCUGUAUCUCAACCUCUGCUGACUUUAAUGAUGGAUGAACUUGUCAUUACUUCACGACCAUCUCUUUUUCCUUUCCAAAAGCGCUGUAAGCAACAAAACCCUGCAACUGGAGGCUGAAGCUAAAUCCCAGCCCUAUUUCAAUAAGUUGUACAGUAGGUAGGCUUAGCUCUCAGACACCCCCUCCAUCCACCCCCCUACCCCCCUCAUCCUCCUCUUCCUCCUCCUCCUCUUCCUCCCUCCUUUAGGCUUUGCUUUGUUGAUUCAGCGACGGUGCAUUCAUUCAAGGGAGCUGUCCUUUCAGCACUGGUCCGAUGCAUUCCUGUUGCUGUUAACGCUUUUUAAAGAACAGACCAACCAAACUUUCAAGUCUACUAAAUAGAGGAGACCCAUUGUAUGUAAAAACAUAUAUCCGAGGAUGGUGCAAUGUUGAUAUUUCCUGUAGUAGAACCUUCUUUGUUUUGGCCCUACACCUUAAACAGCAUUAGGCCACAGUUAACCUGAACUGCAGGCUACAUUCUUCUUCUUCUUCUUCUUGCAUUACCCAUUAGUGGUCAAAGGUGCAGGUUGGCGCCUUCAUGUAGCUGAUUCACACCUGCACAUAUCUUUUUUUUUUCCUAUUUUUCUUUUUUUGUUUUGCAUUUUCAAAAGCGCAAAUAUCUAUAGAGGCCAGCAGAGAUGUGGAGAUUAUAGUAAAUGUUAAAAAUAAGAGUCAUGAAAUUGAUGGAAAAUAUGUUUUCUAUAAUUUGGUUCUUUUAAGUUUUGCAAAUAUUCGUGUUUCGUCCUCUAUGAAUUUAAAGUCUACUUUUUUCUCCAUCUCUUUGCAUGAACUUUCACUCCGGUGCCAACACAGGUGCCACCACUCUUACCCUGGCACGCUUCUUUUUAACAAAAUUCAUAUUUGUAUUUUUAUAUCUAAAUAUUUGUUAUUUAAAUGAUAUGCUAGUCUAUCGUCUUACAAUUCAUCAACAAGAAUAUUUCUAUUUCAGAGAGGAUAUAAAGAAUGAGACUAGGCUUCACACAGGAGAAUAUAAGAUUUUAGUCGACUGGUCUCAUUCUAUAUCAGAGGGUGGACAUUUUUUAAAGACUAACUGAAUGUGUCUGGGGUUUUUGCACACAUCAAUGUUAAACUAUUAUUAAGAAAUCGUAUACUGUGACUUGAGCUUCGUUGAUGAAUUUGUUAGAAAAUGGCAGUUUUAGAGUAUAUUGCACUGUUUACGAGUAUCCUCAAAUAACACGUUGUUAUUUGACCGAUUUUGGACAUUACAGUUUUGUUUUUUAAUUUUGUUUAUUUUGUACCAUUAUUUAAAGAAACUGGAUAUGGUUUGUUGUGCAUGAAACCUUAAUAUUUUCAAUAAUGAAACAUCGUUUUAUGAAGCAAAAAAGCAACAAAAAUGUCAUGACAUUCUAAGAAUGAGUCAUUGUAUAUUACGAUGCCAUUUUCACUGUAUUUGGUGAAUUAAUAAAUGGUGAAAGAAAUGUAA